ACCCGGAAGCACGCCUGUGUUUACUGUUUACAGCCGAGUGGAAGAACACGUGUGCGACUGCAGAGUCUUGAGUGUGUGUGUGUGUGUGUGUGAGCAGCUGUGAAAUAAACACCAUGAGAGUUGCUGCGCUGAUCAGCGGCGGUAAGGACAGCUGUUAUAACAUGCUGCAGUGUGUGUCUGCUGGUCACUCUAUCGUGGCUCUCGCGAACCUCAUGCCUCACACACAUGUUCCAGAUGAGCUGGACAGUUACAUGUAUCAGACGGUGGGUCAUCAGGCCGUGGAUCUGUACGCGGAGGCCAUGGAUGUUCCCCUGUACAGGCGCACUAUUGAGGGCUCCAGUCUGCACACGGGCAGAGAAUACAGCCAGACCGAAGGAGAUGAGGUGGAGGAUCUGUACCAGCUGCUCAAGCUUGUGAAGGAGAAGGAGCAUGUUGAGGCAGUAUCUGUCGGGGCCAUUCUGUCCGACUACCAGAGAGUACGUGUGGAAAAUGUGUGUGCAAGACUGCAGCUCCAGCCACUGGCGUACCUGUGGCGUCGAGACCAGGCCGAGCUGCUCAGAGAGAUCAUAUCAAGUGGCCUCCAAGCCCUCCUCAUCAAAGUGGCAGCGUACGGCCUGGAUCCAGAGAGACAUUUAGGAAAAUCCCUGGCGGAGAUGGAAGCGUAUCUGCACGAGCUUUCAGAGAAGUAUGGAGUUCAUAUCUGUGGGGAAGGAGGCGAGUAUGAGACCUUCACCGUUGACUGCCCGCUCUUCAAGAAGAAGAUCGUCAUUGACUCGAUGGAGACGGUCAUCCACUCGGCCGAUGCCUUCGACACUUACAGAAUAAUUGUUUUGUACACUGGCUCCGGAGGGCGGCCUCUGCCUCUCAGUAGAUGUCCUUGCCAGAACGCCAUUGACAGCAUGACAGAAGAGCUGGAAUAUGCUGAUAAAACUCCAGACGUCCAGGGAGGAUGUCCAUCAAACGCUGAACGCAGUUGUCAGUCGGAGCCGGGUUGUCUGCCGUCACACUCGUCCAGGAGUUCUUCGGGUUACCAGUGGAUAUCCGGUCUAACAGCGCUUCAGUCCGAACACCCAGACGUCCAGAGCCAAACCCGGCACGUCUUCACACUCCUGCAAAGGCAGCUGCAGGAGAAAGGCCUGCUGAUGAAGCACAUGCUCCUGGUUCAUCUCUACGUGAGCGACAUGGAGAACUUCAGUCAGAUCAACUCUGUCUACUGCACCUACUUCACUCACAAUCCUCCAGCCAGGGUCUGUGUCCAGGUGUGGCUCCCGGUCUCUCAGCAGCUGCGGAUGGACGUUCUGCUUCACGACGGGACGGUGGUCUGCAAGGAGGACGCUUUUCCUCAGAGAGACACGCUUCACGUCCAGAGUCUGUCCCACUGGGCCCCGGCCAACAUCGGGCCCUACAGUCAAGCCGUGCAGGUGCGGGAGGCAGUGUUCUGCGCGGGACAGAUCGCUCUGGUGCCCUGCUCCAUGCAGCUGGUGAAGGGGCCGGUGGCUCUCCAGGCUCGGCUCUGCUUCAGUCACUUGGAGAAGGUUCUGUGUGCGAUGGACUCCAGACUCACGCUGGCUCACGUGCUGCAGGCGCACAUUUACAUCACUCACCAUGAACACGCCGCAGCCGUCACAGAGGCCUGGAACACCAAACUACAGGACGUCCAGGGGGAGUGUGCCGGAGCGGCGCAGGUGGAGAGCAGCGUUGCGGUCGUGCCGUCGUUACCCAGAGGAGCAGCGGUGGAGCUGCAUGUCACGGCUGUGCUGGACCGUCCCACAGACAGAGCGUCUCAUCUCUCCGUCUCACAGAUCCCGGGGUGCAGCGUCGAGUGCCGUCUGCUGCAGUCCAGCUGCGCUCGAUACGCCUCUCUGUCUCUCAGCAUGUGUUUGAGCGAUCCUCACGCAGCAGCCGAGAGCGUCACCGAUCAGCUGCUGUCUUCAUACCGGAGCGCUCUUCUCAAGACCACCGGUCUCUCUGCUCUGUGUGCCAGAGUUUUCUAUAAGAGCCACGACUCGCUCGUCACUCAGAUCGCCACAGCGUUGCACGCUCUUCUCAAGACCACCGGUCUCUCUGCUCUGUGUGCCAGAGUUUUCUAUAAGAGCCACGACUCGCUCGUCACUCAGAUCGCCACAGGGUUGCAGGCUCUGGAUCGCUGCGGUGCUGCUGUGGCUCUGGUUCCUGCUGAAGAUCUGCCGGAUCGGUGUGUCCUCCGCGUCUCCUGCUGGCUCAGUGUGUAGCAGACCUUCUCUGACUGCAUCAGAUUGUUGAUCUCGAGCUCAGAUUGAGUCCAUGACGCCUGUAAUCUAUGAUGCUCUCUUUGUGUUUUCAAAUGCAUGCAUAUUUGUGUUUGUUAAAGGGCUCAUUCACCCAAAUGAUGGUUCUGUCAUUCAUGUCAUUCCAAACCUUUCGUUCUUGAACACAAACACAAGUGCAUGCUUCUCUUUUCCCUUCAGUGGAAUUGUAUAGCAGUUUUUUUCCCCAGCUAAAGCAGUUUUGUUAGUGAAACAGCUUGUAAACAAUGUCAUGUAAUGUAACAUUUUCUUCACGAAAGACAUUCAGUGUCCAUAAACAAAAAUAACUUUAGAGAGGAGCAUUUUGAUAAAUUACUAGUGCUGU